CCGCGCCGUCGCCUGCCGCCAUGCUCCGCAUGCGAAGCUGCAUCCUCACCCAUCUACUCUCUUCUCCUUCAGCCGCCUACUCCAUCCCCCCUCUCCACUGCCUCUUCUCAACCACGGUGUCCCCCAUUCCGGCAAACCCUACCUUCGCCGUCCAGGACUACCUCGUCACCACCUGCGGCCUCACCCGAGCCCAGGCGCUCAAGGCUUCCACCAAGCUCUCCCACCUCAAAUCCCCCUCCAGGCCCGACGCCGUCCUCGCCUUCCUCGCCGGUCUCGGCCUCUCCGGCGCCGACGUCACCUCUCUGGUCGCUAAAGACCCGCAGUUCCUCUGCGCGAGCGUAGAGAAAACCCUGGCCCCCGUCGUCGCCGGGCUGACCGGUCACGGCCUCUCACAUACUGAGAUCGCGCGCCUCUUCCCGCGCGGUCGCGCUGGCAUCUUCCGCUGUAGAUCCAUCGUCUCCAAUCUACCCUACUACCUGUCGCUCGUUGGCUCCUACGACAACCUCCUCCGGUUGAUCAAAAAGAGCUCCAUUGUCCUCGGACACAGCCUCGAGAAGGUCAAGCCCAAUGUCGCCUUCCUCAAGGAGUGCGGGCUAGGCGAUUGCGAAAUUUCCAAGAUCUGCUUCUCCGCGCCAUGGAUACUCAUCACCAAAUUAGAGCGCCUCCGGGCAAUGGUGGCGUGCGCCGAAGGUCUCGGCGUACCACGUGGAUCUGGGAUGUUCAGGCAUGUGCUGCAUGCUGUUUCAUUUACCCAUGAGGAGGAAAUCGCCGCCACUGUGGACAACUUGAAGAAAACUUUUAGGUGGACGGAUGCUGAGGUGGGUAUUGUUGUUUGUAAGGCUCCAAUGCUGCUGACGAGGUGUAAGGACAAGCUGCAGCGCUUGUCUGAGUUCCUUAUCUCUGAGGUGGGGCUGGAACCGGCCUUCAUUGCUCGUCGUCCCGUAAUGCUCACUCUUAGCCUGGAUGGCCGGCUCAGGCCCCGGUACCACGUUGUCAAGUUUCUCAAGGAAAAUGGAUUGAUCAAGCCUGACCCAAACUAUGACACAAUUUUCAAGCUCACCGACAAGGUAUUCCUGGAGAAGUACAUAUGCCCUCACAAGGAAGCUGCUCCCCACCUCGCUCAAGACUAUGUUGCCGCUUGCAAAGGGGGAGUAUCCACUAGAAGAUUCAUGUUUGCUUGAACCAAGAGACUGCCAUGAAAAUGUACAACUGUUUAUGACGCAACAAAGUUUUCACUAAGCUGGUUAGUCUUGUUUCAGUAUUGUUUGCCCAGUUCAACACUGGUUUUAUCCUCUAUUCUAUGUAUGUUACAUGCUGCGUUGGUCAUUGGUAAGUGCCAAUGCCUGAUGAAGUGAUGAAUAUAUUUCUGUUUGAAGAUCA